AUGGAAAAUGGAGAAGAUGAAGAAGAAGACCUGUCUGAAGGUUCAUUGGACCAAUCACAACUACAAACAGUACAACUGAGAGGUAAACCAGUUAAUCAGCGUCCUGGAAGUCGAGCACCAACAAUGACUAUCGAUGUUGUGCGUGUUGGCAGACCUUUGAAAAUUUUAGCUUGCUUGUUAUCUCUACUCAGUCUAUUAUUAUUUAUUAUCGGUUCUGUGAGUACAUCAUGGAUUUAUAUUCAAUUUAAAUCAAUUGGGUUAUUUCAACAAUGCGAUGUUGUAAUAAAACAAACAGAUAGUGAAGCACCAUCAAGUAUUAAUACUGUUCAACGUCUCAGUGAUGUUGAAAGGACUUGUCAAUAUCGUGAUUUUUUAAAUAUUGAGAUAAUAGCUUGUAUUAUAUUAGAUUUGGUAGCCUUACUUCUCACUUUGCUUGGCUGCUCUUUCCUACUUGGGGGAAUAUUCGCAAUGAACAUUAGGCGUAAACAAAUCUUUUAUCAAACAUCAGUUAUCCUAAAUAUAAUUGCUUGUGUCGCAAUGUUGUUAGGACUGAUUCUAUUGGUUGUUACAAGCAUUGAAGAGGGAGGUGAAAAAGUUUCACCCGACAGUCCAGCAAUAAUCACCGUUGGCUGGUCAUUAAUUGUUGUCUGUUGUGGUAUUGUCAUCCUUGGAAUUGCAGUCUGUCUUGUGUUAUUCGACAAAGGUGGCGAAGAGAUUGAAUACCGUGAAACAAUUCAUCGAUCGUCGAAUUGCGAAGAAGAUGCUUAG